GAUUGCCUUUUGAUUUUAUUUUUUUUCUUGAAAAUUCUCAAGAAAAAAUUGUUUAUUUAUUUAUGGGUUUUGUAGAGAGAAAAUGGGAUUGUGGAGAGAAUCUAGAGUUUCUCUCAAAGAAACAUUUUCUCUCACGCAAAACAACAACAAUAAAUGAGAAAUGAGAGAGAAAAAUAAUGUUGACAACUUUCAUGUCUCUUCUCAUGUAAGUUUCGUUUGUUUCUGUGUGAGAUUUCUUUUUAUGGGUUUCUCUCUCUCUCUCUCUCUCUCUCUAAAUCUUCCUUGAGAGAAUGGCCCAGCAGAUCCAAAAUCCUCAUUUCUUCUACUUUUCUUGGUGUUUCCAAAAUGCCUACUUUGUUGUUUGGCUCUUUUGAGGUCCCUAACUCUUCCGUUUUCUGAUCUAUCAGCUUUUUCUAAACACGCCCACUUUGAUAUUUUUCUUUCUUUUGUUGGCUUCUAGUGCUCUGAGCUCUUUUAACGAGUGAUUUCGUUGGUGGGUUUUCAAGAAUGGAUUGGUUUUCUUUUGAAUUAUUAAGAAUUCUCUCCUAAUGGAGUGACGGUACGAAGAUGGUCCAUAAUACUUUCUGAGAUAAAUUGAGACUUGUCCUGAAAGUUGCAUGGCAAUGCUAGGAAUGCAAGCAGAUAUGCAGUGCCAUUACUUCCCAGGAUAUUGUUCCACUAGGGACCUUAAUUUAAAUGCUGGUUACAGUAUCUGGCCCUCAAGUAAUGUUGACAAAAUCUCAAAUGGACACUACUUCAGUGGAAACUUGGCACCACCGGCUCCUGAUCAGUAUUUGAGCUACAAGGAAAAAGUGAAGCAAACAAUGCUUCAGCAUGAAGCUAUAUUUAGGGAUCAGAUACAUGAACUCCAUCGCCUGUACAACAGACAGAGAGAAUUAAUGGCUGAAAUGAAAAGGAUUGAGUUUCUUGGACAUCAUAUACGGCUAGAAACUGCAGAGUCAAAUAAAAUAUUCUCCGAAAACUCAUUUGAGUGUUUGCAUAGGACAAACAAAGUUUCUGCCUUGCCCUGGCUGAAUCCUGCUUUUAGUCAAUCCUCCACUUCAGGGGCUAAAAACAGCCAAUUGCAGUCGAAUUAUGUUGAAGGAAAGGCCAUGCGAGAUUGUUGCAGUACUUUUCAAACUGAAGGCUUUAAAAAAGGAACCAUGUUGUUGGAGUCUAAGUGCAAGAAAGCUGGUAAAAGGAUGUUGGAUCUGGAACUUCCAGCUGAUGAAUACAUUGACUGUGAACAAGAGGAAUCUUUAGCUGGAGGAAUAGCUCCUCCUGAGGCGUCAGGUUAUCCUAUGAAAAGCAUUGCAGAGGAUGUGCAGAAGAAUGAUGUAGAACUAUUUCAUGGCAUUAGUGAUGGUAACUUGGUUUUCCAAGAUGAUAAUAUGACUCGAGCUCAAUUUUCUGGGAAGACCAAAUGCUUAGCUGAUUUAAACGAACCCAUAAAGCUUGAGGAUGAAGCAGAUCCUGAAUCCAAUGAUUUUCUAGGUCCUGUCCUAGACCGUAGAGAGAGCCCUUGCCAGGAUCUGUCAGGAAAAAGAAAUUCAGACUUCCAAGCUCGACCAAAGGAGGCCAUCCAAAAUAUCCAGACAAGAGGGGAACCUGACACUUUCUCAUGUGUGUUACCUCUGGACAAGAACAAAAGUCGACGGGAGUGCAUAUCUGAUAAUGAUGGAGCUGGUGAGAACUUUAUUUUGAUGCAAAGUAGCAGUGACAUGAAUUCUUUCCCUGGAAGGAUUUGUACAGACACACUGCCAAUAUCAUCUGAAGAUGGGAUUGAGCAAGUGCAUGAAAUGUUAACUUCUCAUAUUUUGAAUCUAAACAGUGGAAAGUUGCACAGAGAAAAGAAUGAUUUUGGUUUAGAAUGUUCUUGUGAAAAGGGUCCUACUGCUUGCAAGCAUACCUCAAAUGAACUCAUUCCUCUAGAUGAUGUGAAAAAUCAUGAUUCAUCUUUGGCUUUAUCUUGGAGAAAGCAUGCACGUGACUUCGUGAGGUCCCCUAUAGCAGUUCAAGCACUUCCAUGUUUUAACUCUGAACAGUUGAGCAGAAGCUCGAAGUCUUGCUGCGGUAUAAAUCUUGAAUCCAGACCAACAUUUUGUAGUGUUAGUGCUCAAAGCAGCUCUUGCGAUGGUGACAAUGAGUUUGCAUCUGAAGAUAGUGACACUCAAAAGCACAUUAAGGAUUCUGUGAAUAUAAAGUUGACUAGGAAUAUAGACCUUAAUUCCACUUCUCCUAGCUGUUCUUCAGAUGUGGGUGCCCACAGUAUUUGGAUUACUGAUGGAGAAGAGAAAUAUAAAGAGUCAACAGGGGGUUCAGCUUUGCAUAGAGAAUACUCAGCACAGCUUGUGAAAUCCAAUAAAAAGCUCCACAUGGAUUGCAAUUCUGUGCCUGACUCGGGGGAACAGCUAACUAAAAAUGAACUAGUUUUUGGGAGUAGGCAUGAGGAAAUGUUUUCAGGCUUUGGAUUAAAUGUUGACCUUAACUCAUGCAUAAAUGAGGAUGAUUCUUCUUCAGUGCCCACCCUUUCAGCAGAAAUAGAUUUACAGGCUCCUGCAAGUCCAGAAAACAAGGAGACUUCUCCACCUAGAGGAGAAUCAGAUGAAAACCGACUUGACGUGCCUUGUCAACUUCCAAAGCAAGAAAAUGGGAAUCUGCUAGGGGAUCUAAUUACAAUUGCAGCAGAGGCUAUAGUUUCCAUUUCAUCACAGAUUCAAACUUAUGCAGAGACGGGGACUUUCAAGCCAUCUGAAGCUUCACAGAAUGACUCUCUAUAUUGGUUUUCCAAGAUAGCAUCUUCUGUAGUAGACGAUCCAGACAGUGAAUUUGGAGUAGUCUUGAGUUUUAAUGACACUGAUCAUCAUGAUGAGUAUCUUUCUGAUGGGAUUGACUACUUUGAGGCCAUGACAUUGAAACUCAAGGAGACAAAGGUAGAACAGUACUUAUGUAAGACCACCACCACAAAGGAAGAAGCUGCAUGUCGAGCUUCAUCUCCAGUUCAGCCAAGGAGGGGCCAAACAAGAAGAGGGAGGCAGCAGCGGAAGGACUUCCAAAGUGAAAUUCUCCCAAGUCUUGCCUCUUUGUCAAGGUAUGAAGUAACCGAGGAUCUUCAGGCAAUAGGAGGGCUAAUUGAGGCUGCUCAUCAAAAUGGAGGUGCCAGAAGAACAGGUACAAAUGGGUGGACGAGGGGGAGGAGGAGGCGGGCUUCAAUAUCUUCUUCAAAGGCAGAAACCUCAUUUUGUGCACUGUUGAAGCAGCAAAACGCAAAUGGCAAACACAGCAUUGAGGAGAGCAGCCUGAUCGGUUGGGGGAAGAUAACGAGACGGCGCAGGGGGCAGAGGUGUCCUGCAAGUAAUCCUCGGCUUACUUUGAGCCAAGUGUAGUUAACACUCUGUUUUUAUGGUGUUUUGGGUUGAUGAGUUUAUAGCAUGUGAAGCUUGACAUUGUCUUGUACAUGGAAGAUGUUACAUAGGGGUAAAUCAGUAUGAAGUCUUUUGAGUUUUGGCAUUAUAAGUGACUUGGUUCUGUAUUUUGAAAAGAAGACUAUUUAAUCCUUGAGAUUUGAUUUAGUUGAAUUCCCUCUGAUUUAAGAGGUUUUAACAA